AAGUGCGAGUGGCCACACGUAGAGGAUCAGUGAGAUUGUUGCAAUGGUGUGUGCAAUCUCAUCAUCACCGUUCUCAACUCUCUCGUUUCGGCGUCUCGUCGUGAGCAAUGCGACGGUGUCUCCGUGCAAGCCGCGUGCCGUGAAACUCUUAACGGCGCUUCCGAGCGCGGGGCGGAGGCAGUUGCUGUUUUUUCUAACGGCGACGACAGCGUUCACGGCGAGGGAAGCGGCAUCCGUGGCGCAGGACAUUCCCUUGUUCGGGAUACGGAAGAGUCUAAAGAAGGUGGAGGAGGAAGCGGAGGAGAUUGUGAAGGAGGGAUUUGAGGCUGCGGACAAGGGGUUGGUGGCGGCGGAGAAGGGGCUGGAGACGGCGGAGAAGGGGCUGGUGGCGGCGGAGAGGGAGAUUGAGGAGGCGGUGAGUUUUGGGGGGUUGGCGCAGGCGGGAGCAGUGGCGGGAGCGGAGGUUUUUGGGAUUUUGGUUGCAACGGCGGUGGUGAACGGUAUUUUGGGGCCUGAAGCUCAAAAAUCGUGACUUGGUGAGUUGGUCAUAAGUAAAGACUAGUACAUUGUUGUUGUCGAUGGAUAACGUAGUGUUAAGUGUUGAAUUGGAUAUGUUUGUGUCUCUGUAAGACUCUGCCUGCUUUACGUGUUUAUGUUUGUAGCUUUGUGAUCAUAUCAUGUAAACGAAUCAAUGCAUCUAGAAUCUAAUAGCCUUGUUCCUAUGUAUAGAAAAUCGUUCCUUACGAUAGAUUUUUUUGUUUGUUGACUAUCAGAUCACGGAUUCACUAAUUGUAUGAUCGUAUAGAUGAUAAUUUACUAUCGGAAUCACUCGCAUCUGGACUUGGAUUUUUAA